AGUUUUGUCCCUCUCCUUGAAGAAUCAUUGCUAUAUUUGGAACGUUAUAAGAACAAAACCGCUUCUGGCAGCUAUAAGAGCAAAACCACUUCUUGCAUAGAUGCAUAAAAAAUCCUUCACAACAAACCAAGUGAUAACAAAUGUUGGUAAUGCAAAUUUUUGAGGCUACCCUUUCUUUGUCAUCGCUGGCUUUGUGACUGUAGGUUAUACCACAUUACCUUCUUCUCAAUUGUAUUUAGCUCCUUCUGCUUCUAUCCCUUUUUUCCUCAGCUUCUACAUUUCUUUUCUUCUUUCAUCUCUUUCUGCAAGUUCCUUGCUCAAAUUGCCAGAAAUUUCAAUUCUUGCAGUGGUUGAGAAUCAGAUCAUUGACACAAGUUGUUCAUGAUAUACACACCCAUGGAGAAGAAGGCAAACCAAGGUGCAGCCGGUUGUAAACCUUUGACCACUUUUGUGCAAACAGAUACAAAUGCUUUUCGAGAGGUUGUGCAGCGGUUAACAGGCCCAGCAGAGAGUGAUCCAGCCCAGGGAACAGCAGCUACAAAGGUUGCAGGCAUAAAGAGACCAACAUCUAAACUCCAUGAAAGAAGGCAGUACACAAGGCCCAAGCUUGAGAUAGUUAAACCCCCAGUCAACUUCAAACCUUUGACUUCCCCAACCACAUCACGGAAUCCUUCUCUUCUCCCAAGUCCUGUGGGCACCCCUUCUACAAAUUUCUCCAAACUGUCAAUACAAGAACCAGAGAACAAAGGAGAAUCAGCAAUUUCUGAUUUAAAUAGUGAGGAAGAAGAUAAAGCAAUCAAAGAGAGGCGAUUUUACUUGCAUCCAUCACCUCGAUCUAGACCAGGAUAUGCAGAACCAGAACUACUUUCUUUAUUUCCAUUGACAUCCCCCAAAUCAAGUGAGAAACCGUGAUUUGUAGUUUUUGACAUUGCACCUCUGCCUGCUUGAACUUCAUUUUUUCUCCUGCUGCCAGGUACAGCAGAUGAUGUCACCAAUCCAUAUAUAGAGUUCUUUGAAAAAAUAGUAAAUACUGUAAUAAUCCUCUUUUACUUUUCUAGAACUAAUUACCAUUUCUUCCACUGUUUAAGUAUUUAUUUUUCAUUUGCUUCACAAGAAGAUAAAGAUGAAGGAACAAUGUGAUAGUGAAAGGAAAAAAUAGAAAAGAUAAGAAAACACUAGCAGAACAGGGAAGGAAGAGAAGACACUAAGGGAAAGAAAAGGAUUAAAAAAAAAAAGGAAGAAAGA